AUGGCUGUAUAUCUUUCCCAGUUUCUGGUGAUCGAAAGUGGAGCAGCUGGAACCGAUGUGGGCCUCUUGAGCUGUCGUACAAUCGAUCGUCUUGCCGAUUUGUACUCUGAGACCGGAGAAAAACAGUGCCUGACAAGAAGGAAUGGUGGUGACCGUUCUGAGAUCCAGCGACUUCUGUAUGUGCGCAUGGAAAUAUCACCAGCGAAGUUAAUGGUGUCACGUUUAGCCGUGAUUAUCUCAUCCCGGUUACGGUCAUUGCCCGACGAGGUGGCCGCAUGUUAUGCACUGCAUAUACCUAACAGACGGUUGUUAUUCCAAGCUAUUAAGAGCACACCCAGGACGCGCUUUUCGCAAGCAGCGGACAAAAGUGCCGUCCUACCUGAUGGCCAACUACGGUAUUCAACCAACAAGAAAUGGCACGCUGCAAUGAAUUUCGUGCCAAAGCCACGGGAUAUUCCUUCGUAUCAGUAUCCUGUUAUCAUUGCCAGUGCUGGUGUGUGCCUAAUUUACUUCUGCUUGCUUCGCGAAGAAAACGACCUGGAUCGGAUUCUUGCCGGGGAAAUAACGGUAGAGGAUAUUUUAAAACCAAGCUAA